AUGGACCACCUUUUUGUGAGACAGGGGAGUCCCCCGAACUAUAUUUGUGACAGGAAAUACAAGCUCAUGGCUGUCAUUGGUGGGCUCACCUCUCAUAACUCCAACCAGAUGCCUCACAUCUUAAAUAUCUAUAAGAUGCCACAGCUAAAUUAUGGGUCCUUUGACCCUGCAUUGGGUGAUAAAACUCGAUUCCCUUCUGUCUAUCAGAUGAUCCCCAAUGCAAGUCCUCAGUAUGUUGGGAUUGUUCGGCUGCUUAAGCAUUUUGGAUGGACCUGGAUUGGCCUCAUCGUUUCAGGUGAUGACAGUGGAGAAAUGCUACUGAGGACUCUCACUCCUUUGCUACUUGAGGACAAUAUAUGUUUUGCUUUUAAGGCAAUAAUUCCAACACUGAAGGAGCACUGGGGAGGAAGCAAGCAGCUUAAUACUAAAUUGGAAAGAAUUCUUUCUAUUCUCUCUUCGGCAAAAACAAAUGUAAUCCUUGUGCACGGAGACUUAAGAUCUAUGGAGGGUUUACGGAUGGCUCUAUCGUUCAGUGAGCUUGAUGAAAUGAAGCCUGUUGAGAGGGUUUGGAUCAUCACAGCUCAGUGGGAUUUUGCAUCUGUAUACUACAGUGGAGCAUUCACGCCCAAAUCCUUCAAUGGGACCUUGUCCUUCACCCUCCACACGAAUGAUGUAGCAGGAUACCAAGAUGUCCUUGAGAGUUUAACGCCUAAGCAGUCUGGACUUUAUUUCAUCCAUGGGUUCUGGUCCAGUGCAUUUGUGUGCUCAAUUCCUGCACAUAACUGGCACAUACCAGGUGCAGGAAACUGCACUGGGGAAGAGAGCUUGAGCAGCCUCCCUGAAUCUGUGUUCGAAGCAGGAAUGUCUGGCCAGAGCUACAGUAUAUACAAUGCUGUUUAUGCUAUAGCACAUGCACUCCAUGCCAUGUUUUCCUCGCGAUCCCAGCCCAAAGCACUAGGAGAUGAUGGUACCUGGAGCCUUCAGAAUGUUCACCCAUGGCAGCUCCAUUCCUUUUUGAAGCACAUCCGCUUCAACAAUAGUGCUGGGGAAGAAAUAUUUUUUGAUGAAAAUGGGGAGAUGUCAACUGGAUAUGACAUCAUCAACACAGUUACGUAUCCCAAUGAAUCCAUCCGUAGAUUCCAAGUUGGAAGAAUGGACCCCAAAGUUCCUGCAGGGAAAGAAUUCACCAUUAGUGCAAAUACCAUUGUGUGGAAUCACAAGUUUAACCAGAAGCUUCCCCAAUCAACUUGUGUUGAGAGUUGUCAUCCAGGACACAGCAAGAGAAUUCUUGAGGGGGAACAGAUCUGUUGUUAUGACUGUCCUCAAUGCUCUGAAGGAAGGAUUUCAAACCGGAUAGAUGCUGACGAGUGCAACCAGUGUCCAGACAACCAGCAUCCAAACCAGAAGCAGGAUCGAUGCAUCUCCAAACAUUUAGCCUUUCUAUCAUACAAGGAGCCCCUGGGAAUCGUUCUGGCUGCUUUAGUUCUGAUCUUUUCUCUGAUCACACUAGUGGUGACGCGGACCUUCGUUCAGCACAGGCACACUCCCAUCAUCAAAGCCAACAACCGGAGCAUCACCUACACCCUGCUCGCCUCGCUGCUGCUUUGCUUUCUGUGCUCUUUUCUGUUCAUUGGCCAGCCAGGGGUGGGGUCGUGCAUUCUGCGGCAAACGUUGUUUGCCAUCGCUUUCUCUGUUGCCGUUUCUUCUGUGUUGGGCAAAACCAUCACUGUGGUUCUGGCCUUCGUGGCCACGAAGCCAGGAAAUCGGGUGGCAAAAUGGGUGGGGAAGAGACUGGCAGUAUCGGUCAUCAUUCUCUCUUCUCUGAUUCAAACUGGCAUUUGUGCAGUGUGGCUGGCAACGUCUACCCCCUUCCCAGAGUAUGACAUGCAUUCCCAGGUGGAUCAGAUCAUAGUGCAAUGCAAUGAAGGCUCACCCCUUAUGUUCUACAUAGUCCUGGGCUACUUGGGGUUUUUGGCCCUCAUCAGCUUCACUGUGGCUUUCUUUGCCAGGAGGUUGCCGGAUGCUUUUAAUGAAGCCAAGCUGAUCACCUUCAGCAUGUUGGUCUUCUGCAGUGUUUGGGUGUCCUUUGUCCCAACUUACCUGAGUACAAAGGGAAAAUACAUGGUGGCCGUGGAGGUCUUCUCCAUCUUAGCUUCUAGUGCUGGAUUACUGAGUUGCAUCUUUCUCCCCAAAUUCUACAUUAUUGUGCUGAGGCCUGAGCUGAACACCAGAGACCAGCUAGUAAGGAAAAAGGGUCAUAAGUACUGA